AUGGCAGAACUCCUCCUUGGAGAAUCCAAGCUAGAACUUUUCCUGAAGGAAAAUCCUCUUAAGCAGGGUGCUAGUCCCUGUGGGCCCCGGCCAAAGUUAAUUGAAGUCAGGAAGCAUCUCACUGCAGCUCUUGACCGAGGGAAUCUAAAGCCAGAGUUCUUACAAGAAGCCAAUUUAGUGAUGGCCAAAUUAAACUAUGUAGAAGGCGAUUACAAAGAAGCCGUGAACACCUACGCAAGAGUGGGCAUCGAUGACUUACAGCUCGUUGCUGUAGCUCCUUAUCGGCUGAGGAUGAUUGCCGAAGCAUAUUCUACCAAAGGUCUUUGUUUAGAGAAGUUGCCAAUUUCCUCUUCAACUAGUAACCUCCAUGCAGAUCGUGAACAAGAAAUCAUUACAUGUUAUGAGAAGGCAGGGGAUAUAGCUCUUUUGUACCUUCAGGAGAUAGAAAGGGUAAUAAUGGCUAACUUACAGAACAGAAGCCCGAAGCCGGGACCUGCGGCACAUGAACAAGAGCUGGGGUAUUUUUUAGAAACGGGACUUCAGCGGGCUCAUGUUUUAUACUUCAAAAAUGGGAAUUUGACAAGAGGAGUCGGUAGAUUUAGAGAAAUUCUAAGAGCUGUUGAGACAAGAACUACACAAAAUCUACGAAUGACAAUAGCAAGGCAAUUAGCUGAAAUCUUGUUAAGAGGCAUGUGUGAACAAAGUUAUUGGAACCCGUUGGAGGACCCUCCUCAUCAGUCGCCCCUGGACGAUCCCCUCUGGAAAGGUGCAAACACCAAAAACUAUGCACUUAGCAGAAGACCACGAGUGUACUCUGGAGAAAACAUUUUCUGUCCUCAAGAGAAUACUGAAGAAGCUCUUUUGCUGCUGCUGAUCAGUGAAUCUAUGGCUAAUCGCGAUGCUGUAUUGAGCAGGAUACCAGAACAUAGAAACGAUCGCAUCAUCAGUUUGCAGAGUGCAUCUGUAGUCUACGAUUUGCUUACCAUUGCCCUGGGAAGAAGAGGUCAAUAUGAAAUGUUGUCAGAGUGCUUAGAAAGAGCCAUGAAGUUUGCCUUUGAAGAAUUCCAUCUUUGGUAUCAGUUUGCACUAUCCUUAAUGGCAGCAGGAAAAUCUGCUCGGGCUGUGAAAGUCUUGAAAGAAGAGUGUAUACGUUUGAAACCAGACGAUGCCACGAUUCCGCUCCUAGCAGCCAAAUUAUGCAUGGGAUCCCUUCAUUGGUUAGAAGAAGCAGAAAGAUUUGCCAGGAUGGUGGUCGAUGUGGGGGACAAAACAUCAGAGUUCAAAGCCAAAGGUUACUUAGCCUUGGGAUUGACUUACAGCCUACAAGCUACAGAUGCUUCCUUGCGAGGGAUGCAAGAGGUCCUACAGAGGAAGGCUCUUCUUGCAUUUCAAAGGGCACACACUUUGUCUCCAACUGAUCACCUGGCAGCGUUUUAUCUGGCUUUGCAGUUUGCUAUAUCCCGGCAGAUACCAGAGGCCUUGGGUUACGUUCGUCAGGCUCUGCAGCUGCAAGGAGACGACGCAAACUCUUUGCAUCUCCUUGCCCUCUUGCUUUCAGCACAGAAACACUACCACGAUGCUCUGAAUAUCAUUGACAUGGCCCUGAGUGAAUACCCAGAAAACUUUAUAUUGCUGUUUUCAAAAGUCAAAUUGGAGUCUCUUUGCAGGGGACCUGAUGAAGCCCUCCUGACUUGUAAGCACAUGCUGCAGAUCUGGAAGUCCUGUUACAAUCUCACCAACCCCAGUGACUCUGGACGAGGCAGCAGCUUGUUAGACAGAGCCAUUGCUGACAGGCGACAGCUUAGUACGAUUACUUUGCCAGACUUCAGUGACCCUGAAACAGCUUCUGAUUCCUCCACAUCUUCACCUCUCUCAAGAACAGAAUCUCCUCUCCACCUGUUUAUGUCUCCUCAGUCUCCUCACCCUCAUCCCAAAACUGAUACCUUUGUCUGGCCCUAUGCAGCCAAUCCAUGCUGUGACCACGUUCCUGGGCCCUGCGAAGCUCCACUCUGUUCAAUUCACGCCACUUCAAUCGCAGCCUCCAGAGUGGAGCAGGCGCUGUCCGAGGUAGCCUCUUCCCUGCAGAGCAGCACUCCCAAGCAGGGGCCUUUGCAUCCUUGGAUGACACUCGCUCAGAUCUGGCUUCAUGCAGCUGAAGUAUACAUAGGAAUCGGGAAGCCUGCAGAAGCCACAGCCUGUACUCAGGAAGCUGCUAACCUCUUUCCAAUGUCUCACAACGUUCUCUACAUGAGAGGUCACGGAGCGGAACUUCGGGGAAACAUUGAUGAAGCCAAACGUUGGUACGAAGAGGCCUUAUCCAUCAGCCCAACACACGUCAAAAGUAUGCAGAGACUGGCUCUAAUUCUUCACCAGCUCGGAAGGUACAGCUUGGCUGAGAAGAUCCUGAGAGAUGCAGUCCAGGUGAAUUCAACAGCCCAUGAGGUUUGGAAUGGCCUCGGCGUGGUUCUGCAGGCUCAGGGCAAUGACGACGCAGCCACAGAAUGUUUCCUGACAGCGCUGGAGCUCGAAGCCAGCAGUCCCGUUGUCCCUUUUACCAUCAUCCCCCGGGUCCUCUGAAAGGCUUGCCUGGCAAACCAAUGAUUCAUCGUGCUUCCGCUGAUUGUGAGAAUGUUAGGAAGCAUUAGGCGUAAAGCUGUCCUCCAGACUCCAAGGGGCAGAUCUUCAGGCUGAGAGGUCACGCAGCCAAGCAGGCAAAGCUGUUCAUUACUGCGGGGAUUCUGACAUAUGGAAGCUACAGCGUGUUAAAUGUUCGCAUGAAGAAAAGUGACUAACCAAAAGGAGGGGGGGGGAAUACACACAGCAAACCACCACUUGUUUCUCGCCUACACCUUUGCCCCCGUCGUAGUUUUAAGACCCGAUGCUAUUGUUCAAAUGGGUAUUGUGCCAUAUUUUGUUAGGUGACAUCUGAGUGUUAUGUAAAACUCUAAAUAGAAUUGAACACCAAAUGUUGGAAUAAUAGAAUUCAAGUUAAAAUUCAGUGGCACAGCAGCCUAUUUUUAGCCAAGCCUGUCAAAGACCUGUUCUCUUCUUGUCGCUGAACCUCUCUGGGCCCAAAAUUUAAAAAAAAAAAUGUGAAGUUUGCCGUUUCCAUCUCUACCGUAGUCCAGGCCAGCAAAUGAACUGAAAGGUUUAUGUUUUUAGUUGUUUAUAACUGUGACGUGUAGCUAGUUAUUGCCUUUAUUUAGAAGAAAGAUGUGAACAAGAAUAUUUAUAUUUUACCAAUGUA